UCCAGGCAGUUCUGGAAAAAGUCUAAAGUGAGUGAAAAAGUGGGAGGUGCAGAAGGAACCAAGCUAGAUGAUGACUUCAAAGAAAUGGAAAGGAAAGUGGAUGUUACCAGCAGGGCAGUUGUGGAAAUAAUGGCAAAGACAAUAGAGUAUCUUCAGCCCAAUCCAGCUUCCAGAGCUAAACUCAGCAUGAUCAACACUAUGUCAAAAAUUCGAGGCCAGGAAAAAGGACCAGGCUACCCUCAGGCUGAAGCCUUGCUGGCAGAUGCGAUGCUGAAAUUUGGCCGAGAACUUGGAGAAGAAUGCAACUUUGGACCAGCACUUGUAGAUGUGGGAGAAGCUAUGAAGGAGCUUUCAGAGGUCAAGGACUCUUUAGACAUGGAAGUGAAACAAAACUUUAUUGACCCACUUCAGAAUCUUCAUGACAAAGAUCUGAGAGAAAUACAGCAUCAUCUAAAGAAGAUGGAAGGUCGACGCCUGGAUUUUGAUUACAAAAAGAAAAGACAGGGCAAGCUCCCUGAUGAAGAACUUCGCCAAGCUCUGGAGAAAUUUGAUGAAUCAAAAGAAAUUGCUGAGUCAAGCAUGUUCAACCUUCUGGAGAUGGAUAUUGAACAAGUGAGCCAGCUUUCUGCUCUUGUACAAGCCCAGCUGGAGUACCACAAGCAGGCCACACAGAUCCUACAGCGAGUUACUUCUAAGCUGGAAGAUAGAAUAAAAGAGGCAUCGUCUCAGCCCAGGAGAGAAUAUCAGCCCAAACCCCGUAUGAGCCUGGAUUUCACAACUGGUGACAAUACUCAGCACAAUGGAGGAAUAUCCCAUGCCACCACACCCAAACCAUCAGGUGUUCAUAUGGAUCAGCCGUGCUGCCGAGCUCUCUAUGACUUUGAACCAGAAAACGAAGGAGAGCUGGGGUUUAAAGAGGGUGAUAUCAUUACCCUCACUAACCAGAUUGAUGAAAACUGGUAUGAAGGAAUGCUUCAUGGCCAGUCAGGUUUCUUUCCCAUCAAUUAUGUUGAUAUUCUAGUUCCAUUACCGAAUUAG